AUGCAGGGUGGCCCAGGUCCAAGCAAGCGACCACCUGGGCACUCGGGGAAAAGAAUGGAAUGCUUCCAGUUGGCUCGUCUCGGCUGCUGUGUUGACCUCGCAAAUAUCACCGUCGUUCGUCUUCAACAUUCAGCUGCUUCGAACUUCAAACCUAAGACCGGCACUGCUGUUGCGCAUUAUGAGAUUCGAGACUGUUUGGUUCAGAUGCUGAGGGCGAUCAAAAGAAAGGGGAAAGGCCUUUCGUCGCUGACUGUCAGUCGCUUGCUCCCAGCCAGAUCACGACCCCGGAGCCAAUUCCUCUGCUUACUGGUGAUCCUCAACGAGCCAUCAAAGGUCCCUUGUAGUUUCUUUUUCCUUGGCAUUCGCCCAUUAUCGUAG